AGCAGUGAGUGAGAUAGCUCGCGGUGUUUAGUUUUAGUGUUUCCAUUGAGAUGCGCCGCGGUGUCUGCCGCGUCCAACGCGAGUCUUACCUCAACGGAACAGCUGGAACGGCCAAGAGGCGGCUCAGCGGACCUCAGAAUGGCUCCGGAAGGCAGCAACUGAGCCCCGCCGCGGCCCCCAAACGACCGUCUGACUCAGGUUACAAUUAUGGCCUGGAUUCUAACGGGAUGGAUCUCUCCCGGAAGAGGGCUAGCGGCGAGAGUCGAAUUCCUGUGUUUCGAGCGUCCGGCUUGAGGCCAGGCAUGCAUUCGGGUCAGUGGUCAACCGGCGGUGCAGGCCGUCGGCCGCUGGACUCGGAGUGCGUCGGCCAGCGGGUAUGCGUGGGCGGUGAGGUGGUCGGCAUCCUGCGCUUCUUCGGCACUACCGUUUUCGACACAAGUGGAAGCUCAUGGUGUGGUGUCGAGCUGGAAACGCCAGACGGCCUCAACGACGGCUGCGUCCACGGCGUCCGCUACUUCUUGUGCAAGCCCUACCACGGCAUCCUCGCGCCCGAAUCUAAGGUGCAGUUGGUUGCAGAGGCUGGCGGACCCAUAGGCUCCAAGAAGCGUCUAUCGCCAGAGACCAAGAAGCGUUUAUCGCCGGACCCCAGGAAUUGUCUAUCACCGGACACCAAGAGGCGUCUAUCGCCAGACACCAAGAAGCAGCACGAGUAUUCCAGCAGCAGUACUAGCAGCAGUCCCAGUGGAUGUUCCCAGGAAGAAAUCACUCCACCCCUACAUCUGAUGGCAAAAGCUCGUCACGGCCAGUCAUCAGUGGAAACAACGUCUCCCAUUCCGUGCACCAGCAGCUCCUCUCUCUGGAAGAGCAAAGACACUUGCAGACAGAACCCAGACGAAGCAACUCCCCCUAAGGUGGCGUGCACGUCAAUGGCACCGGCUCACGAGACCACCGCUAUAAGCCCGACAGACAGCGAAAGCCGCGGCUCGUUGGCGUGCUCCUCGGGCAGCCUGAUGCUGCCCCUGAAUUGCUCGCCGCCCUCGUUUGUGCCCGGCCUGAGCAAAUGCAACUCGUAUGACUUCGACGACUCGCUGGGCAUUCUUACGCCAGACCAAAUGAACUCGGACUUUACGGCAACCUGCCCGGGUAGCGACGAGGACGAACUCGAAGAAGCGGCCAAGCACGGAGGCAUCCUUCUUUUGGAGUCACCGCCCAAGGAGUUCCAUGAGCCUGUCGAUAAGGAGCAGAGUAGCAUUUCGGCAGCCAAAGACCACGGCACCGCGUCAGCAGAGAAUUCGACUUCUGAUUUCGUCAGCAAAGGCGAUGAGUCCAUGUCGCAGAGCACCACUUGUCCCGUUCCGAACCCUGGCUGCAGCUUUGUCACGAGCAUAUCCAGCAUCACGAGCCUUGACAAUGGGUAUCAGGGCGAUGGAGAAAUGAGCCGCCCAACCAGCGUAGCUGAAACGUCCUCGUCGAUGGCCGCACCCCCAAAUCCACCACCUGGACAACAGGCGAUGGAUGUGCACAAAAUAAAGUUUGAUACAAUGACCGACUCAGACUUCUUCAGCGAUCCCGGUGCAACGGGCGCAGAAAGCGACAACGAGCAAGAAGCAGCGAUGACCACUGGCGACCGCAAAGCGCGAGUGAUUGACGGCACGCUGUACAGCACUUCCCCCGCAAACAGCGUGGCCCAGCCGCCCGCCGCUCACCUAAUGACCUCUUCAGCCGCCACCAUCGAAGACAUGGAGUCAAGUGGAGUGUUCUCCGACGUCGAGCAAAAGAGGCCGGAGCCUGUGCUGCCUGCGGCACCUUGUAUUUCAGAAGAGCUUCCAAACGAAGUCGAAAUGGUUCCAGAUGAAGACCAGAUUGAGAAAAAGGAUGAGCAAGAAAAAGAGAAGAGCGAAGAGGAGGAAAGUCAGCAGAUUUCUAGCGAAAAAUCAAAGGCUGAGAGCAACAAAGUUCCAUUGAAGAAGAAUAAAAUGCCUAAUCGGAAUGUUUCGUCAAAGGUAAAGACGUUGAUCAACAACGCCGUUCCAACCGCGGAACUGAUUGAAAAUCAAGAGAACAGAAGACAAGUGAAGAACAAAGGAUUGGGCAAGUGGGACGCUGUGAUGAACAAAAUCGCCAAAAGCCAAGCGGAGGAGAAGGCAAAGCCCAAAAUCAAAGAGGUGAAGAGCCGAGUUUUUGCCAACUUGGCGUUGCAGCCGACAGCUCAGAUUGACACCAAAACUAACAACAAUAACAACUUACGAGGCUCCUCGCCUUUCAAAACCAACGGAAACAUACCUUCUAGACCCAACAGUGCCAGGGCGCGGAGGGAAAAUCUUUCCACAUCAAAGCCUAGCAAAGCAAAGCGCAGCAAGCUGCGGGGAGCGGAGUCAUCGACUUCACUGCAAGCAGCAAAAGAUGAUGCCAAAAUCGGCUCGUCGAUUAACAGUUCCUUGAGCGACUUGAGUCGGGCCUCCAAUCUCUACAAGAUCACCACUGAUCAAGGCUCAAAAAAUAGCACCAUCGGCACCAAGAAAAGCGCUGCCAAGGUGAAACCAACAAGCGUCGUCCGAAAUAUAAAACAAACCCCGACCAAACCCAAACUAACCCCCACUAAGGACCAAAACAGAAAUGUGCACCCCCUUGGCAAGGAGUCGCCCACCCCGGCGAAGAAGCCACCCCCGGUGAUCGCGCCGCCACCACCACACCUGCUCAGGGAGCUGGAGCACGCGUCGGCAGGGUGCGAGGCGAUGGCGGUGCUCGUGCAAUACCUGGUGCACACGGUCGGUGCGUUCUCCGUCACUUCCUUAAGGUCGGAGCUCGAGCGGCUGAAAAAGGAGUGGGCGUUGACCAAAGCUGACCUCGACGAAUCCAAAGCCACUAUUGUUAGACUGCAGCAAUCCCUAAGUGAUGAGGUCCGAGUGCACGAAAUGCAUCUGGAGACUCGACAAGCCGAGUUUCAAGAAAGACUAGCCCAAAUUGAAGUUGACAACAAAAAAGCGCUGGAUGACGUCAACGCGAAGUAUGAACAGAAGGUCAAAGAAAUCGAGACUCUGAGACUGGAAGCCGCUGAGAACCUGCAGCAGAAUGAACAGGAUUGGCUCACUGAACGCAACCAAAUGGUGUCUGACGUGCGGAGCGAGGCCGAAAAGAGGCUGCAAGAGGGCUUGGAGCGCGAGGCAGAUCUCAAACAGCAAGUGGACAAGCUCACUGCCCAACUGGCAGAAUCCACCAAGGACAGCAGGAUGUUCCUCGAGCUGAUGCACAAAGAUAAGGACACACAGAUGCAGGCGUCGGCUGAAAGGUGUUUAACUUUGGAGAAAGAGGUGGACAGCUUGAGGGUGGUUUUGGACAUGCGGCACGCGGAGCUUCAAUCGCUGAGGAAAGUGGCCGCUGAAGCAUCAGAAAAGUCUGACAUGCUAAUGACUUCUGAGAUCCAGCUUGCUUCACUGAAGUCAAAAGUGGAAGACCUGCAGUCUCAGCUGCAUUCAAAGAGCACAAUUGAAAUGUCCUUGAAGGAGGAAAACAAAUCACUUGCCAAAUCAUAUUACGCCGAGCUUCAAAAUAAUCGUCGUUUGUCACAACUUCAGGAAGAACUGCAGUGGAGGAUAAAGCAGAGUUCUGAAGUUAUCAGCAGGCUAUCUUCGUCAUGUGGAGGUUCACCGUCUAUGAGUGCCUCGUUUAAAAACUGCGCUAGUCCAGUCCCUAGUGGUUUCUCAGAUGAUUCAAGUGAUUCUUGCAGAACAUCUCACGGUCUAGAAGACUCGCCGUGCGUGAAGAUCAUGGCUCGGAAGAGCGACUCGGUAGCCUACCUGCUGGACAUGAGCGCCGACUACAUCGAGUACAAAAUGUCUCGUAGCCAAAUGGAGUCUCCCCGUGCGGCGUGCGGCACCAACUACCCCACAAAGAAGUCUGCCUCUUCGUCAGGCAUCCCAAGCCGAAAACCGUUGACACGCAAGGUUGCCUCGUCAGCCGCUACUUCAACGCCCCGCAUGCAAAUCAGGGGGCGCUCGCAGUCAGCGUCGUCAGACUCUGAGAGUUUCGAGGUCAGCGACGAGGAGCAGCUGCGGCAGGCGGGCCAGAACUCUGCCAUGACCACGUCUUUUGAGUUUUCCUUCAGUCUGCAGCCGCAGGAUGCGGCAGGCGAGGCGAUGGUGUCAGAGGACGACGGCCGCAACCAAAUCGCCGGCAGCAGUAGCGUCAGUUCCUCAGAGAACAUCACCAUCGGUGACCUGGAGGAGGAACUGUCCUCCAAGCGGCUGCUGCAGGAAGUCCAGGACAGUCUGACUGAGGAGACCGGCUGGAUGGAGGAGAUGAAAACCGUUUCGGAUGAGAAGAGCUAGUGCUUUUUAUUUUACCGCUGUAGUCCGAACUGAAAACUCUGUGCUGGUGAUAAAAGUUAGUAAAGAAAUUGCUAUGCUAUUCAAGAGUUGUGUAUUUAAUUGAAUUGAUUAAUUAUGUAUCUAGUCAUGAAAUGCAUUGAUUAUAAAUCCCAUCUAUUGCAAAUAAACAGCACACAUAAAGUGUUUUAAGGUCAUAA